AUGGAUGGAAAUACGGGAAAUGCCUGGGAUUUGGUGGGAGAUAAUGAACACGACUCCAGAAUCACAACUACAGCGUCACUGGAAGAGGAAUCUGAGGUGAGAAUCAGAAUGUGUAAAUAAAAACAUUAUUCCUUGCAGCUGGAUAGUCAAGAAAUCUCUCAGAUUCUCGAAGAAGAAGAGAAAAAAUUAGAAGAACGUCGACAACGAAGCAAGUAAGAUUUAUUAUUCCGAAAGCACUAUAAAUUCAGAUCACCAGCAGUAGAAUCCCUGAGGAAAGUGAGUCGAAUGGUCCUGGAGAAGGUCGGGAUCCGAAAGAAGAAGCAGCCUUUCCUCUCAUUACAAAGACGUCCAGAACUGCCUUACUUUGAUUUGGAUCUGUUUUGCGAUAAACCAAAGGAAUACUUUUACACUCAGCAACACAAAAUUAUACCAAAGAUAUUGUCAUCCACUGACCUCCUGUCCAAAAAAAUAAACAAUUAUGGGGCAAAAGAGAAAUGGUAGGUAUAAAAAACAAGGUAAAAUUAUAAUUUUAGUUCUUACUUAUUCAAAAGUCACGAUAGUGAAGACAAUAAUAUGGCCGAGGCUAUUGUUGGAACCAUGGAUCCGGAGAGAUUGUACGUUUAUGAUCCUUAUUGUCCCAUUCACGGAUCGAGAAGGGAGAUCAUCAAGAAAAGAAACCUGAUUGAUAUGAGUGGACUAACCAGUGUGGAAGAUGUAGAGACCGAUCAAAUGGCUCCCAUUUUAUCAAGGUAUUCGAUUUGAAAACAUCUCUUUUGUCAUACAUACAACACUUUUUGCAGUAAUACGUACGCGGCCAAGGCCAUCCGAAAGCGUCAACGAGCCCUCUCAGGCCUUAAGGGAAUCCAUGUGGCCAAAGAAAAGAGGAAGAUCUUAUUCAACCUGUUCACCAUCUCGGCCGCUUUUUUAUUUCUCUUCACCGGAUUCCAUGGCCUUCAGAAUUUGCAGACCUCAGUCAACGAUCAGUUGGGAGGGGAUUCCCUUGGAAUUCUCUACCUCUCUCUGGCCAUUUCAUCCUUAUUUGUUCCCAACUUUGUUGUCAAUCGUCUCGGUUCCAAACUUACUUUAAUCACGGCCUUUGGGAUCAUGAUCAUUUAUAUGUUGGCCAACUUCCUUCCCCAAUACUACUCUCUCCUCCCCGCUUCAAUGCUUGCUGGCGUGGCUGCCAGUUGCAUGUGGUCGGCGUGUAGUUAUUACAUAACUCAGAGUGGAAUCAACUAUGCCAAAUUAAACAUUGAGGCCCAGAAUACGGUGAGUGUUCGUUUCUUCGGCACCUUCUUCAUGAUUGUCCAUGUGGGACAAGUGAUUGGAAGUCUUCUUUCCUCCAUGAUUCUCAGCCAAUCCGUUGUGACCGCAGUAAUUGUGGAUGAGGCUGAUCGGACGUAGGUUAAUUACUCAUUGGAUUAUCUUAUAAAUUUAGUUGUGGUAGUGGAUUUCCGCGGAAUCUUUCGCUCCUCAGUGAUCGGGCCAAAUUGAACCUCCAAAGGCCAAGCCUUGUGGCUUAUCGGAGUGUGGUCGUCGUUUAUUUAUGUUGCGCGAUCGUUGCUUUAAUGAUCGUUGCCUUUUUUUUGAAUGCAUUGAAAAAAGAUGAGAUCAACAGGUCAGUAAACACUCUGAAAGCAAGUUGAUCUUUACCUUUACAGUAAGAAGCCUCCCAAAUUCACAGCCGAAGUGCUAAAACAGACCCUGAAGAACCUGCAGAAGCCGAAGGUUCUUUUACUCAUACCCCUGACUAUUUUCAACGGAAUCGAACAGACUUUUGCCGUUGGGAUAUACACAAAAGUAAGUCCAUCCUAAACAGUAUUCAUCUUUCUUCAGGCAUUCGUCGGCUGUGGUCUGGGGAUCUCCCAGAUCGGAUAUGUGAUGACAACAUUCGGUGCCUUCGAUGCGAUCUGCAGUCUUGUUUUCGGUCCUUUGAUCAGGAUGUUCGGUCGAAUGCCCUUGUUUGUAUUUGGAGCCGUGAUGGACAUGUUGAUGAUCAUGACUUUAAUGAUUUGGCCCUUGAAUCCAGGGGACCGAGUGUUAUUUAAUGUGAUCGCUGGAGUCUGGGGGAUGGCUGACAGUGUUUGGAAUACCCAGGUCCAAGGCUUCUGGGUAGGAUUGACGGGCCGAGCGUCGUUGGAAGUGGCCAUCGCUAACUACAGAUUCUGGAUGUCCUUUGGAAUGGCCAUCGGUUUCUUCAUUGCCCGAUUUACCACCGUAAACUCUUAUCUUGCAGUAUCAUUUGUUCUCCUUCUGGUUGGAGUUCUUGGAUACUUUGCAACCGAAAUGAUGGAUAUAAUAAUAGUAAGUGUUUAUCGAGGAAAGUAUAAUGGUUUAGGCACAAUUCCGAACUCAUCCGACUGAUCGAAAGGGAUAA